AUGCCAGUCUGUUCAUAUCUAUCUAUCUAUCUAUGCCAGUCUGUUCAUAUCUAUCCAUAUAUCUAUCUAUUUCAGUCAGCUAAUAUCUAUCUAUCUGACUCUGUUCAUAACUAUCUUAGACUUUCCACAUCUAUCUAUCUAUCUAUCUAUCUAUCUAUCUAUCUCAGUCAGUUCAUAUCUAUCUAUCUAUCUAUCUAUCUAUCUAUCUAUCUAUCUAUCUAUCUCAGUCUGUUCAUAUCUAUCUCUCCCAGUCUGUUCAUAUCUAUCUAUCUAUCUAUCUAUCUAUCUAUCUAUCUAUCUAUCUAUCUUAGGCUGUUAAUGUCUAUCUCACUCUUUUCAUAUCUGUCCGUUCAUAUUUAUCUGUUAAUAUCUAUUUCUCUCACUCUGUUCGUAUCAGUCGUUGUUCAUAUCUAUCUAUCUAUCUAUCUAUCUAUCUAUCUAUCUAUCUAUCUAUCUAUCUAUCUAUACCAGUCUGUUCAUAUCUAUCCAUAUAUCUAUCUAUUUGAUCUUUCCAUAUCUAUCUAUCUAUCUAUCUAUCUCAGUCAGUUCAUAUUUAUCUCAGUCUGUUCAUAUCUCCCUAUUUCUUUGUUCAUAUCUGUCUAUCUAUCUAUCUAUCUUAGUCUGUUAAUGUCUAUCUCACUCUUUUCAUAUCCGUCUGUUCAUAUCUAUCUGUUAAUAACUAUUUCUCUCACUCUGUUCAUAUCAGUCGUUGUUCAUAUCUAUCUAUCUAUCUAUCUAUCUGGCUGUCUCUGUUCAUAUCUAUCUAUCUAUCUAUCUAUCAUUUUACUUAAGUCAUGGAAUCUGAGAAACGUGGAUCCUACCACAACACUAUCUUUCUAUCUAUUUCUUCAUAUUUCUUUCUAUUUCUUCGUAUCUAUCAUUCUAUCUAUCGAUCUAUUUCUUUAUAUUUCUUUCUAUUUUUCAUAUCUAUCUAACUACCGAUCUAUCUAUUUCUUUCUAUUUUUUCGUAGCUAUCUAUCUACCUACUUCUUCUAUAUAUAUAUAUAUAUAUAUAUAUAUAUAUAUAUAUAUCUUUCUAUCUAUUUCUUCAUAUUUCUUUCUAUUUCUUCAUAUUUCUUUCUAUUUUUCAUAUCUAUCUAUCUAUUUAUUUCUCCACCUUACUUUCUAUUUUUCGUAUCUAUCUAUCUAUCUAUCUAUUUCUUCAUAUCUCUCUAUAUAUUUCUCCACCUUUCUUUCUAUCUAUUUAUCUAUCUAUCUAUGUAUCUAUCUAUCUAUUUCUUCAUAUUUCUUUCUAUUUUUGUAUCUAUCUAUCUAUCUAUCUAUAAAAUGACAUAUGCAUGCAUUUUACGAAAAUCUACGAAAAAAUGGGAAAAUCUGUUCAUAUCUAUCUAUCAAAAUCUGUUAAUAUCUAUCUAUCUAUCUAUCUAUCUAUCUGUCUGUCUGUCUAUCGAUCUAUCUAAGUCUGUUCAUAUGUAUCUAUUCCGUUUGUUCAUAUCUAUCUAUUCAUGUUCACCUCUAUUUAUCUCAACUUUUAUCUAUCUAUCUAUUUAUCUAUCUAUCUAUCUCAUUCUUUUCAUAUCUAUAUAUCUAGCACGAAUCGUAUCUACUUUGUUUGCACUGUUAAAAUAUCUUUUCUUUCUUUCUUUCUUUCUUUCUUUCUUUCUUUCUUUCUUUCUUUCUUUCUACUACUACUACUACUGCUACUACUUAUAUUAUCUAAGUGCUCUUCCUCUGCUUCUCUUCUUUUUCCUCUUCAAUCAAAUUUCCUUCUCCAGCGUAUUUUUCUGGUACUACUAUAACUUUUUCUUUUCUUCCUCCUCUUCUUUUUCUUCUACUGCGUUUCUUUCUUUCUUUUUUCUUUCUUUCUUUCUUUCUUUCUUUCCUUUAUUUCUUCUUCUUCUUCUUCUUCUUCUCGUCCUCCUAAAGUUCUCGUUGUCCUCCUCCUUUCUUUUUCUUCACCUUACUUCUUCUUCUAAUUCGUUUCUUCUUCUUCUUCUUCUUCUUCUUCUUUUUCUUCUUCUUCUUCUUCUUCUUCGUUUACUUCUUUUACUUUGUCUACUUCUGUGCCUGAUAUUUCUUCCCAAUCUUCUACUGCGUUUCUUUUCUUCUUCUUCUUCUUCUUCUUCUUCUUCUUCUUCUUCUUCUUCUCCUUCUUCUUCUUCUUCUUCUUGUUCGAAUUCUUCUUCUCCGUUUUCGCCAAGACGAAGAUAUUAUAACUCUUUCUCUAUUUACUUCUUCCUUCUCACCACAUUCCUCAUCCCCUCUUCUUCUUCUUCUUCUUCUUCUUCUGUUCUUUACGCUUCAUCGAUUUUGUUUUCCAAUAUUCGCCGUCAUUUCCGUGCGUCUCGCUCGCCAUUACGAGGCAUUUUCUUAGGCUUCUUUCAUUUUUCUUCUGUUUCUUUAUUACGUUCGCUUCUGCUUCUUUCAUCAUUUCCUUCUUCUUUCUUUUUUCUUUCUUUCUUUCUUUUAGCUCUUUCUGAUUCGUUCUCUUAUUUCCUUCUCAUUCUUUCAUUUCCUUCUGCUUCUAACUUUUACUCCUGCGUCUUUCUUUUCCCUGUCUUUUUUCUUUCAUUUGCUUUGCUUCUUUCUUUCAUUAUUCUUCAGCUUCUUUCAUUUUACUUCUCUCUUUCUGAUUCGUUCUCUCAUUUCCUUCUCCUUUUUCAUUUCCUUCUGCUUCUAACUUUUACUCCCGCGUCUUUCUUUUCCCUGUCUUUUUUCUUUCAUUUGCUUUGCUUCUUUCUUUCAUUAUUCUUCAGCUUCUUUCAUUUUUCUUCUGUUUCUUUAUUUCAUUCGCUUCUGCUUCUUUCGUCAUUUCUUUCUGAUUCUCUUUCAACAGUCCGAAGCACGUAA